CCAGGUGGUGAUAUCUGAUCAUCUUUGUUUCGUCUUUGUCGUCAUGCUUAUUUUUGCUCUUUUCAUAAUGCUUCCUAUAAAAUCGUUUCCCGACUUCUUAUUUUAUCAUUCUUGAGUGUAAAUCCAUUUGAAACCCUAGAUUUCAUUCAGUCAAUCUUUAACUGUUUCAUUUCCUCUGCUUCCGGUUCUUCCUCUCUAUGAAUCAACGGAUGCACAUAAUGUUCGCUACCUUGUUGAAAGACUACACCAGGCAGUAGAUAGUCAAAGGUCAAAACUUAAAGGGAAAAAGUUUCGCACAGAGCUUAAUGGAACUUAACAAUAUGGCAUCUGCAUCUGCUUCACAAUCGCCGAGUGGUCUGAACAACUUUGCACCAGGAUUCGUUGUGCCAGGUUUAUCCUUGCCUGAUAUGGGUGUGGGAUCCGAUGUUUGUAACUCAUUAGCUUUGCAGCAGUAUCAGUUUGAUCAGUUGAUAGUAAGUCGGCUAACGUUAACACAACAGCAGGCAGAUUCACUUGCUGAAAGGACCAAAGCGGCUGCUGAACGCUCUGCAGCCAGUGCUGCUGAGAUCUGCAGUCUUUUAAAAGAUGAAAAGAGUAAUGUACUUGAAGCUAGUGCUGCUGAGAUCUGCAGUCUUUUAAAAGAUGAAAAGAGUAAUGUACUUGAAGUGAACUAUGUGGACCAACAGGCAGAUGCACUUGCUAUAAGCAUCAAGGCGGCUGCUGAGCGAGCUGCAGCUCAUGCUGCUGACAUCAGCAGACUCUUGAAUGAUGAAAAGUGUGAUCACUGUGAUGCACCUGAAGUGAAAAAUGUAGAAUUGAUGCGGAAAAGGCAUAAUUGAUUUGGGUUAUUGGAGAUCAGAGUUUUCCAAUUUUUAGGCAUCAUUUCAUUCAGCUCAAUCAAGAGCUAGCACAGGGACGGUUGAUGAUCGAUAAAAUAGAUGGUUGUUGUAACGAAAGAGUAUUGAUUUGGUCGGUAAGUUCGUGAGGAAGGGUUUCCAGUAAAACAGUUUUAAAUAGACUCGUGAUGGAAAAUCAUGAUGGUCCUUUAAGGUUCUGAUCAGAAUUUACAUCGUUUCUGUGGGGUUCGUUUGUUGAAUGACUACUUAGGAUUUCCAUUUAUGUUGGUUCAGCAGAAGUAAGUUUGUGUUGCAACCGAUGAACUGUAUGGUAUAAGAAAGUUUAAAAUUGAUUAGUUAUGAUGAUUCAUGUCAAUCUAAAAAACAGUAUCUUGUGUAACUGAUUUCAAAUCUCUAUUCUUGAGACUUUAAUAGGAUGUUGUUUCAAUUA